AUGCCCUCUCCGAUGCAAUCGCCUGUUUCGCACAACAAAAAGUCGUCCAUAUCUUCCUUAAAGGGGAAGACGGCCGCCGCAUAUUUGUCUGCACUUGCCGAGGCUGAUGCCAAGUCCCGGGCUCGUCUCCAGCAGCAACAGCAGAAUGCGCAAUUGCCCACCCCCACGCCAACUCCAGCAAUGUCCCUCUCCUUUCUGUCCGCGUCUUCGGAUAAAUCAUCAGCAUCAACGAGGUCAUCCCAGUAUGAUACUUCAACCAACCAGACUUCACUUAUUGAUGAGGACGAACUGAUUAACGAUAAAUCUGGUCUUAUCAUGCCCAUUGAGCCCCCUACCUCAGCCCAGGUGUUCAAGACUGUACAUGCGGAAUUCGGUCAUUGCGACAAUGAAGCAUAUAGACACACUUCAUCACAUCCUGCUGGCGUCCCACUUCCCAAUGUGGAACACCAAGACCCCCCGUAUUAUAUCCUUCUCUCAACAUACAUUAGUUAUUUGUUCUUAAUUUGCCUGGGUCACCUUCGCGAUUUCUUUGGUAAACGCUUCCGUUCGCAUGCUUAUGCGCACUUGAUGCCUCACAAUGGUUACGCAGCCCUCAACUCGGACUUUGACUCGUUCUAUACUCGCCGUCUGAAAGCCAGAAUGGAUGACUGUUUUUCCCGGCCAGUCACUGGUGUCCCUGGUCGAACGAUCGCUCUCAUUGACCGCGCCUCAGAUGAUUUCAACCUCACCUUUCAAUCCACCGGCACCCUCACUCGCGCUUUAAACGUGUCCUCAUACAAUUAUCUUGGGUUUGCACAGGCCACUGGUGGGUGUGCGGACGCAGUGGAGACCUCCAUUCACAAAUACGGCAUGUCGGCCACAGGGAGUCGCCUUGAAGUGGGGACUUUGGAUUUGCACAUUCAGGCCGAAGCACUCGUGGCGAGGUUUGUAGGCCAGGAAGCGGCAACCAUCAACUCGAUGGGCUUCGCGACCAACUCGACGACUUUGCCAGCUAUUGCAGGCAAAGGGUCUUUGAUCAUCUCUGAUGAGCACAAUCACGCUUCGAUCAGGUUCGGUGUGCGCAUCAGCGGAGCGUCCGUUCGCACGUUCAAGCAUAAUGAUAUACGCGACCUCGAGAAUUUAUUGCGAGAGGUGAUUAGCCAAGGCCAGCCUAGAACCCAUCGGCCAUGGAAGAAAAUUCUUGUGGUUGUCGAGGGCCUUUACAGUAUGGAGGGAACCAUGGCGAACUUGCCUGCUCUGAUUGAAUUGAAACGCAAAUACAAGUUCUACCUAUAUGUUGAUGAGGCCCACUCCAUUGGGGCUCUGGGUUCACAUGGACGCGGAGUCUGCGACUAUUUUGGCAUUGAUCCCAAAAAUGUCGAUAUCCUUAUGGGCACGUUUACCAAGUCCUUCGGCGCAGCCGGGGGCUACAUUUCAGGCUCCAAAGCUCUCAUUGACUGUGUUCGCGCUCGCAUUCAUGCAUCUUCCUACGCUGAGGCCAUGUCACCGGCCGUCUUGACUCAGAUCAUAUCUAGCAUGGGUUCCAUUAUGGGCAUUGCGUCUUCCAAUUCCCCAUCCGUUUCAUUACCAACUGGUGACGGGCUACCUAUCAGCGAGGUCGAAGACCCCUUCGCCUACACAGGUCCCUCACCCCCUUCACUUGUUCCUGCAUGGCUGAAUCUCCCCCAAGAAAUGCGUGACGGAUCCGAAGGUCGUGAACGUCUCCGCCGCCUCGCUUUCAACGUCCGGUAUCUUUCUCGUGGCCUCAAGAAACUAGGAUUUAUCACCUACGGGCACGAAGAUUCCCCUAUCAUCCCCAUGCUUCUUUUCAAUCCCGGCAAGAUGUGCGUUUUCAGCAGAAUGAUGUUGGAGCGCAAAACUCCUAUCGUCGUUGUGGUGGUGGCGUACCCUGCCACCGAGCUCGUCACCAGUCGAGUGAGGUUUUGUCUCAGUGCUAGUCAUGUGAAGACGGACGUAGACGAACUGCUCCGCGCGUGUGACGAGAUUGGCGAUUUGUUGGAUUUGAAGCAAGCCCCCGGGGAGAGAUGGUCUGUGGAUGACGUUAUUGAUAAUGCGCUGGCGCUUGUCAAGGGAUACUAA